CCAAAAUGGCUUCCGAUGGUGGUUUGAAAGUUGACAAUCCUGCCGAAACUGUUGAAUCUUUGACUAAAGAAGUUGAGAAUUUAAGAACCCGUUUAGAAGAAGAAAGGAGAAAGCUCAAUGAUAUAGCUUUAUAUAAAGUUGCAGAGAGGUUAGAACCAAUACAGAAUUUAAAUAUUAAACCUCGAAGAGUUUUAAAGGGUCAUCAGGGAAAAGUUCUAUGUUCAGAUUGGUCAUUAGACAAAAGACAUAUUGUUAGUUCUUCUCAGGAUGGUAAAAUGAUUAUAUGGGAUGCAUUUACUACAAAUAAGGAACAUGCUAUCACUAUGCCAACAACAUGGGUUAUGGCCUGUGCAUAUGCUCCCUCUGGAAAUAUGGUAGCAUGUGGAGGUUUGGACAACAAAAUUACAGUGUACCCUCUUAGUUUUGAAGAUGAUGUUUCUACCAAAAAGAAAGCUGUUGGAACUCAUACUAGUUAUAUGUCUUGCUGCCUUUUCCCUAAUUCUGACCAGCAGAUCCUAACAGGUAGUGGAGACAGUACAUGUGCUUUAUGGGAUGUUGAGUGUACUCACCUAAUUCAAAGUUUCCAUGGACAUACUGGGGAUGUUAUGGCACUUGAUCUGUCUCCAUCUGAAACAGGAAAUGUUUUUGUCUCUGCUGGGUGUGAUCGUCAAGCUUUAGUUUGGGACAUGAGAACUGGGACAUGUGUACAACAGUUUGAAGGUCAUGAAUCAGAUAUCAAUUCUGUUAAGUUUUAUCCAAGUGGAGAUGCUAUUGCGACAGGUUCUGAUGAUUCUACAUGUCGCUUAUUUGAUUUGCGGGCAGAUCGAGAAGUGGCGGUUUAUUCCAAACAAAGUAUUAUAUUUGGUGUUAAUUCUGUUGACUUUUCUGUGAGUGGGCGCUUGUUGUUUGCUGGUUAUAAUGAUUAUACAGUAAAUGUUUGGGAUAGUCUAAAAUGUGUACGGCUUAGUAUCCUAUAUGGCCAUGAAAACAGAGUUACCUGUUUAAAAGUAUCUCCUGACGGUACUGCUUUAUCUACUGGUAGCUGGGACUUCACUCUCAGGGUUUGGGCUUAAGAUCUUUGUUGAUGAAUGGUGGAUAUGUCUUUAACGAGAGUGUUUGCAUUUUAAAGACAAACAUCGAGAUCUUUAUCUUUUCAGAUUUUCUUUUCAGUGUGAUUGCCAACUCCACCUUCACAAAAUCUGUGGAUGGGUUUUUAGUGUUGGCGAAUCUUAGCAAUCAACUGUUGUUGAUGUUUACCAAAAGAAUCACACAGGUCAGGUAUCUGUUUCUAGUCAUUUUUCAGCCGGUCUUGGUCAGAUCCUAUGCUAGUGUGCAAUAUGAUGAGCAACUGGAAGAAAGUGUUGUUUAAUACAUGAAGGUAUUUAGCUGCCUAGAUGCAGUGAAAAAGAGUAGAUGGUAUUUAUAAAAUUAUUUUUAAUAUGUCUGAAAAUGUAUAUUUAUUUUGUGUUAAUAGUAUGUGGAUUUGUUGUUAUUUUAGCUGUGCAGUUGAGCUUGCAAUAUUUUUAUUUAGAAGUUUCUGUAUUUUUAUUACUAUUAGUUUUGAUUUAUUUUAAAAAUGUAAUCAAUGUUUAUUUGUUUUUUAAAGGUUGUUACUGUAUAUAGAUGUAUGUUGAAAAAGUGAAUUCCCGAAUACAAAAUCUGUGUAUUUAAAAAAAUUUCAGAGUGAUGUUUAGUAUUUUUUUGGAUUUCACAGAAUUAUUGAAGUAAAUUUUUGUCAUAAACAACUAUUGUACAUAGAUAUCAUUUCAUAAAACUUUUUUGCUUAAAGUUCUAACACAAUAGUAAGAUACUGACUUUAAAUACCUGUUAAUAUAUUGAAAUAUAUUAUUAAAUAUAAUUUUGCAUAAAAAGAUGCAGGAUGUCUUAGGUCAGUGUUUUAGUUUGUGCUAUUUUUCAAGAAAUGUUUUCCCUCUUAUUAGUUAUUGUUUUAUUUUUCUCUUUAACAUUGUUAAUAUCAUUUUUGUACAUUCUGUAUUCAGCCAUUGCUGUUAUUGUCAAAAUUUCGUUAGCAUUUUUAUAAUGGAAAUGAAGUUAAUGUAGAGAGUUAGUGUCUUAAGUAUUGCACAUUAAAAUAUAUUGUAAAGAAUAUUAAUUUUGGCUUUGAAAAUUUCUUGAAAUUUGUCUUUUAUUUGAUUAAAAAGUUCUAAUAAUUGAUGUGAAAGUUAAGAAAAUCAGUAAAAAAAAUUAAAUCACUUAACAGAGACAAUCUAGACCUUUUAACAUUGAUCUGUGAUAAAGUAUUUAUUGAAGGGUAAAUGAAAGAGAAAAUAUCUUGAAAGUAAUUUCAUAUUGCUGUUUGUAAAAUUGAUGCCUCUUAUUUCUUAUUGGCUUUCAAUGAAUAAUUUGAUAUUAUAAACAUAAUUUUUGCUUUAUGUCCAUGUUAUAGUGAUUAUGUAUAAAUUUUUACAUAAUAAUAUUUCUUUUUUAAACUUUCUAACAUUAUUUAUCAGUUUUCAUUUGUGAUGACCUGCAAUUAUCAGCUUAGAAAAAAAAUGUUAAACAAAUGGAGAUAUUGAAAACCUUUAUAUGACUUGUCAUAAAUUUUAAUUUAUUUACUAAAAAAUUUGUUCUUUAUUUAUUUUUAUUUUUUUUCAUUAUGUAUUGUCUUAACAAUACAUCAAGGAAUCUCAUAAAAAAUCUUGAGUAAUUAAAAGUAAGCAAUUAUUAAAUUUCUACAUAUAUUUUACAGCUUUUUUUCCAAUACUCUGUUCCUUAAGUUGUGUUGAUCCAAAUAAUUAUUAAAAAACAGGAUAUGAGUUGACCUUUCCAUGACUUUGGAAGGUCAAAUGAUGGGCUUGCUUCUUUUCAAUACUAUCAGGAUCUUCCUUUUAAAAAAAAAAUUCUCAUAAAAUAUAACAUUGUUCACAUCUACCUCAAGGCAGCUUGAUAAAUGUUUUGAACAAAAUCCAAAGAGGGAAGUUAGUGAUAGUUGUUAUGUAUGCUAUUAUUAAAUGUUCUUUUUUCAGUUAUUAUGUAAUAAAUUGCUUCGCUUAAGUAACAUGACUUGGAUGAACAUAUGCAUGUUAAUGAGUGAUCUUCAUAAAUACAUACUAUUGUUGAUGUGAUUAUUUUAAUUAGUUUAUAUGUUCUUCCUGUGGAAAUGAUUCAUUGUAUUUAUUUUUGGAGCAAAUUUUAUUUCCUUUUAAAUUUACUUAUAGGAAGUGUGCUUUAGUUUGUAUUAUUUUUGUUUUGUUCUUUAUAUGCAUUAUAUUAAAAAUAUUUUUUCCCCUUUAAAAUGUUUAUUCAUUUCAUUAGAAGUCAAUUUCUAAUUUUCACAAAUUAUUUAAAAAAGAAAUCUCUAGACUCAUCGUGUUAGAUUAAAUUAUAUUUCCGUCUGUAUAAGGUGCUCUUCUUUUUAAUUUUGUGUAAAAUGUGUAUUUUGUUAAGCUCAUUUAAUGUUUACUCAUUUUUUAAGAAAUGAGUUUGUAAUUUUCUUAGAUUACUUGUAAAUGUAAUCCUUAGAAAAUAAUUUUGUUCAGUUUUUACUGCUUUUAUUAAUGAUCUGCUUUGCAUCCUCACAAAAAUCAUGCGAUGCAAAAAAAUAAACAAAAUAAUAAUUAAUUUGUCUUUUAGUAUUGAAAUCUUUUGGGGGAGAUUUUUAUAUCUUGAGAAAAGGCAAAUUAGAAACAACAAUGCCUGCAUAAUGUAUUGAUUUAUGACAUCUGCAGGUAUUUCAAGAAGCUUUAAAUAACAUAAGACAUUGUCAAAAGUUUUAGAUGAGACUAUUGAUUUUUAAUUGAUCAUUGUUUAAAACUUAUCAUCCUUUCAUUUUCUUGCUUUUUAAUGAAAUUUUCACAUCUUUAAAAAAAAAAAAAUCUAUUUUUAAAAAUCAGUGCAAAAGUUGUGCAGAUAAAAUAAUUUUUAUUUAAUAAAUAAUUUGGUAUAAUUAAUUCUUAAUAUGAAUUCUAAUUUCUUUUCUAAUUGGAUUAAUGCUGAAUUUAGAUAAAAGUCGCAUGAAAAAUAUUUUUGAUGUGGAAAUUUGGGAAAGUUUUUCUCAGAAACACCGCAGUAUGAUUUUUCAUCUUUAAGUAAUAAAGGGAAAAUUAUUCAAUAAAAUUUUAAAUGCACUAAUAUACUUAUAAUCAUUUUUGUUAUUUGCACGAGUCAUUUUAAUAUUAGCUGAGCAUUUAAAUUUGAAACGUCAUCUAAAGAAAUCAAAAAUGUAUUUUGUUGAACAUUUUUUAUAUAAAACUGUGCAAUAACAUUUGUUUGUUACACAAGUUCUAAAACUUAUGUUUUUAUAAUUCUACUGAAAAAAAUGUAUUUAGUUAAAAGCAUUAAUUUUUUUAUUAACAAGUUAAUAUUAUCUGUUCAAAAAUUCCUGUAACCUCUUUCUGGCUUAUAAAAUGUAAUUGAAGUGUCUUAAUAUAUAAAUAUGGAAAAUAAUUUUAAGAUAUAGUUUUGUUAAGUCCUAGUUUAAGGCUCUCAUGUGAGAUGUAAUCAUACAAAUAUUUACAAUUUUUAAAAAUAUGUUGUGUUUUGUUUACAAACUUUUUACAAAUUAAGCCAGUAGGGUGUUGAAACAAUGUCAUACAUUUUUCUAAAUAAUAUUUUGCCUGUUAAAUGAACUUGUUAUCUUUUUAUAUGUAUUUCAUGCAUGCAUAAUAUGUUUGAUCUCUGUGCACAAUGUAUUUUAUACCUGCGCACAUUUUCAUUAAUGAGUAAAACUGUUCAAAAUGACCAAUUGUUUCAAUUGCCCCUUUUGUUUGCACAGAAUAACAUUGACAUAAUGUUAGGAUCAUCUGUGCAAGCAACAACUUUAGCUUUUCUAAGUAGUAGGGCAAAUUAUAUAUUUUAUUUUAAUUAAAACAAUUCCAUUUAUCUUCCUGAUCUUGGUAUUUUUUAAAGAGAAAGAGGAAUAAGAUUUGUAAAUUUUGUUGAUUAAUGUAAAAUUUACAUUAAUCAACCCUUCCCCUAUAUUAACAGAGGAUUGAGAGCUUACUGAGACUUAAGAUUCAAACAAUCAUGAUUACUAAAUACAGAGCAAAAAGUUGGUUAUAGUACAAAUAUAACCUUUUAAUUUUUGAACAAUAUCCAAGCUUGAUUGAUUGAAUCUAGAUUUGCAUAUAGAAGUAUUACAUCAGCAAGAAAGAUAGCCAGAUCGUUUAAUUGCAAAAAAAACCAAAGAAAAUAAUAGAUUUUUGAGACAUUGAUGCAGAUUUCUUUACAAGCAAUAUAUUGAUUAAAGAUUUAUUUUUCCUUUAAGAACAAAAUUGAAAGAGGGGGAAACUGAUAGAUCCAAUCAAAUAAAAUUGUAUCUAUAUUUUUUUUAAAAAAAAGUAAACUGAUAAAGAACUUUUCUAAAUCUAUUUCCAAUCUCAAUCCAAUUUUCUAAAGCACAAAUCUAAAAAUUUACUGUUUACGAAGAAAUGCAUUAAGGCUGGUUUUACCAAGUAUAUUGGUUUCCAAAAUGGGAAAACUUUCAAAUGGCAAUUUUUUUUAAUUGUAUAUUUUAAUUUGAACUGAUAGGAAGGGGAGGGGAUUCUGUAGACUAGUUUCACUGUAUUAUAUUAUUUUAUUCUUUUGAUACGUAUCUGUAAUUCUCACAGCCUUUUUCCCUAAUUCAAUGAAAGCUUGGCAAGUUGCAUUGUUUUAGUUAAAUUUCUGUGGUUUUUUCAGUGCAUGCUACAUAUUUAUAUUUUAUACCAUCUGGAAUAUUUUCAUGCAUUUAACAUUUCGUCAUAUCGAAUUCAUUUAAAAACGAAAAUCAUUAAAAAUAAAUCAAUUCCAGUUGGAUAAUUGUUAUAGUCGUUCCUCUUUACCCAAAAUGUAUUGAGCUGACAAGUCUGCAAUAAUAUUAAAAAUAUUAUUAAAUUUUCAAUAAGCACUGUUGGUUUUGUUCAGCACCAGUGUUGAAAAGAAUAUGUAUUUGUUGUAUAGGGUGUUUAUUGAAAAACUAUACAGGACAAUUUGAUUUUUUAUCUUAAAAUUAUAUAUGACAUAAAUGAUUGAUAUUGUUGUUAAAAUUUAUAUCAUAAUAGUCUUUAAAUAAUCCAAUUUUGUUUCUACAUACUUUUUGAGAUUUAUUAAUACAGUUUGUCCACAAAGUCUCUUAAUAAUACAAAUGCAGUUUGAUGGGAAGAUAUAUUAAUGAAAUUUGUCAUGUACCCAUUUAUCAAAGUUUGUGAUCAUGUUAUAUUUAUACGUCUAAGAUACUUUGUUAAUAAAAAGGAGAUGGUUAAAUUAACCCUAUAAGUGUCGAUUUCCCAAUUAAAGACAUGUUUUAUUUUUUAAUAAAAGAAAAUUGUGUAUACAUUCUCAUUGAUAUCGCAGGGCUUAUUAGGGAAUAUGUCCGUAAUCAUGUUUUUAUAUGGCACAAGAAAGUUAUAGAGACAAGAGUAGUGAUGAAUAAUGAAAAGAAAAGUGAAUAAUGUCAUUGCCAUUAUUGAUGUUAUAAUUGUGAAUACAAUCAAAAAUAUUCUGUCUUAUAAAGUUGUAUUAAAUGAGGGGGGAAAAAACUACUGCAGUCUAUGAUAGUGGGAAUUUUUAAUAAAUACUAUGUAUUUAUAUAUACAGAUUUUAUUCAUGAGACUUUGUGGACACUCAUAUGUAGUGAACAUCUUCAUCAGGUGUAAUCACCCCCCCCUUGUUUCAAACAAUUAUGUUUCGGUAUGUCAUAUUUUGAUAAUUUUAAUUACUUUCUUAUUUUUCUAAUUAAAAUAUUACUAUUGAAGCAUAAAUUGAUUAUUUCAUUUUUUAUAUCUCUAAAAUAAAUUGCAAGUAAUUUUUAUAAUUUUAAUUGUUAGGAAAUUUUUAAAUGAUACUUGUUUAAAGGCUGCUGUAUUUUAUAAGAUGCAUGGUUUAUUUUCAUUUUCCUCAAUUUUUUUAGUCACUCCCUACAAAAAUAUGAUAUGCAUCUCAUUAGCGUUGAUUUAAAAAUGUGAGUGUUAAAAACUGGGUAUCAUCAUCGUUUGAGUACAUUUUAAAAUUAUAAAGUUUAGUACAUCCAUAAAUAAAUAGUAACAUCAAAAUAGAAUGUUGACUUAAACAUAUUUUACUCGGUUGAACUGAAUUAUUAUGUUUUGAAUGAAAAAGAGGAGGGGGAUGUCAUUGGAUACUGAAAAAUAUCUUGAAUAUAUCAUUAAUAUUACAUUUAACUUUUUUUUAUCGUGUUUUUUGUCCUAAAAAGUUUUUCUUUAAAUACCCUUAAAAAAUUCUUGUUUCUUUUAUAUGCCAAAGACAUUUUAUAAAGGCAAUAAUGUUUUGUAAAUGUGAGACAUCUUGGUUUAUAAUAAAAAUGUAAAUCCAGAAAGGGUGAACGGCUGCAUUUGUUUUGGGAUCUCAUUCAAUUUCUGUAAUGGAUCUUUUUUUAAAGUCACAAAGAAUGUAAGUGAGAAAAGUUUAUGUAUGCUUAGUGGAAGCUUUUACUUUAGUGGUAAAAUCUGCUGUGGAUCUGUUAUUUCUUUAAUUGAUGAAAUGAGAUUCGUUAGAUCUCUUGUAUAUAGAAUUAGACGAAAAAAAUUGUUGAAAAUGUACUUUUGUUUUUGAAAAUUGUAUUGUUAAAUAGUUAAUACUUUGUUAAAAAGUAGUUGUAUUGAUUAUGGACCAUGCUGUGAGAAUUGUAUCAUAUUUGCAGCUAUGCAUCCAGACAAGUUGUAUAAGCUUGUACAGAAAAAAUAUUAAAA